AUGGCGAGCUUUUUCGACCUCAAAGCCAGGAAGGCGGCUGCCGCUGCCAAUGCGAAUGCCGACCAGAAGCAGGACAAGUCCACCAAUCCCCGAACCCAACCUUGGGUUGAGAAAUACCGACCGAAGACCCUCAGCGAUGUCACUGCUCAAGAUCACACCGUCGAUGUUCUCCAAAGGACUCUGCAAUCCUCCAAUCUCCCACACAUGCUCUUCUACGGCCCCCCCGGUACAGGUAAAACCUCGACUGUCCUCGCGCUGGCAAAGGAACUGUACGGCCCCGAAAUGAUCAAGUCCCGCGUCCUCGAACUCAACGCCUCCGACGAGCGUGGCAUCUCAAUUGUCCGAGAAAAGGUCAAGAAUUUCGCCCGCACGCAAUUGACCAACCCGAGCCCUGGAUACAAGGACAAAUAUCCCUGCCCCCCUUUCAAGAUCAUUAUCCUCGACGAGGCCGACUCCAUGACACAGGAUGCGCAGAGCGCACUACGAAGAACUAUGGAGACAUACAGCAAGAUCACCCGUUUCUGCUUGAUUUGCAACUAUGUCACUCGUAUCAUCGACCCGCUUGCUAGUCGAUGCAGCAAAUUUCGAUUCAAAAGUCUCGACCAGAGUAAUGCAAAGAAGAGGCUCGAGGAGAUUGCAGAGAAGGAGGGCGUUCCGCUGGAGGACGGCGCCGUCGACACACUGAUCAAGUGCAGCGAGGGAGAUCUUCGAAAGGCUAUUACCUUCCUGCAGAGUGCUGCUAGACUCGUGGGCGCCGGUGCCCCGGAGAAGGACGCCGAUGGUGCUGACACUAUGGAUGUGGAUAAGAAGGCAGUGACCGUUAAGAUCGUUGAGGACAUUGCCGGUGUCAUUCCCGAGAGCACCAUUGAAGACCUGGUUCAAGCGAUACGCCCAAAGAGCUCAGGACCCUCAUAUCAGAACGUCUCCAAAGUCGUUGAAGACAUGGUUGCAGAUGGCUGGAGCGCAGGACAAGUUGUUGGCCAGUUGUACCAAGCCCUUACAUACGAUGAAACCAUCCCGGAUCCCCAGAAGAACAAGAUCGUCCUGAUCUUCUCUGAAGUGGAUAAACGGUUAGUAGACGGAGCUGAUGAGCACCUAUCUAUCCUUGAUUUGGCCAUGAGGGUGUCGGCUAUCAUGGCGGGAAAAUAA